UGGGAGGCAUUGCCCACCUCGGUGCCCCCGUCACCCUCCCCCUGAGGAGCACUGUGGCCUAACGGAGAGAACCCGGGCCUGGAAGGUCCCUGGAGAGGAUGGAGGAGGAGGAUGGUGAGGACAGUUGCUUCUCUCCCCCUGAGGCCGGGGCGGCCCCUCCCCCGGAGGGCGAGGCCCCCCAGCCUGAUGAUGGAGGAGGAGGAGGAGGAGAAAGGCAGCAGGCCCCGGCAGGCUCCGAGUACGCGUACAUCAAGGAGGACCUGUUCACGUCCGAGAUCUUCAAAGUGUCAAUCCAGAACCUGCCCCAGUACGUGGGCUUCGGCGACAUGAAGAGGUUCCUGGCCAGGCACGGCCUCAGCCCGCACAAGACCAAGCUGUUCCGCAGGCAGACCUUCGCCUUCGUCACCUUCAAGAGCGAAGAGGAGAGGGACCGGGCCAUGAAGGUGCUACACGGGGCCCGCUGGAAGGGCCGCUGCCUGAGCGUCCAGCUGGCCAAGCCCAAGGCCGACCCCCUGGUCAAGAAGCGGCAGGGCAGACAGAAGGGGGCCGGGACCCCGGGCCGGGAGAUGGCCAGCGCCGUGACCCCGCUGUGGGAGAUGCCCUACGAAGACCAGCUGGCGACCAAGAGGCAGGAGUGCGAGCAGAUCCUGCAGAAACUCAGCAGGGAGAUCUGGAAAACCAACGUCGCACUCCUGUCCUGGCCGUUGGUGCGGAAGUAUAACAGAGUCGUCUGCCCGCUGGAGGAGGUGAAGGCGUCCCCGCUGCAGACGGGAUAUCGCAACAAAUGUGAGUUCCUGGUGGGCCCCGGGCCCGACGGAGAGGAGAAGACCGUGGGCUGCCGCCUCUGCAAGUACAAGGGGGGCGGGUGCACCGUGGUGGAGCCCUCCGAGGCCGUCCACAUCUCCGCCGACACCAAGAGGGUCGUCAGGGCCUUCCAGGACUUCAUCCGGGCCAGUCCGUACUCGGCGUACAGCCCGGAGACGUACGAGGGCCACUGGAGGCAGCUGACCGUGCGCACCGGCUCCGACGGGGACAUCAUGGCCAUCGUCUACUUCAACCCCCAGAAAUUGACUAGUGAAGACACGGCAGAGCUGAAGGCCUCGCUGAGCCACUACUUCAUGGAGGGGGCGGGCCGGGCCAGCGCCGUCACCUCGCUCUACUUCGUGGAGGAGAGACACAGGAAGUCCCCAAACGGCGAAGAGCAGCAGGCGCUGGAGCACCUGGCCGGCCAGAGGCACAUCCACGAACAGCUGCUGGGCCUCAAGUUCCGCAUCUCCCCCAAUGCCUUCUUUCAGGUCAACACGGCGGCCACAGAGGUUCUGUACACGGCCAUCCGGGACUGGGCCCAGCUGGACGGCGACGGGACCGUACUGGACGUCUGCUGCGGGACCGGCACCAUCAGCCUCACCCUGGCUCAGACAGCCAAAAAGGUGGUGGGCAUCGAGAUGUGCCAGGAGGCUGUGGAGGACGCCCAGACCAACGCCCGACUUAACGAGCUGCACAACGUCCAGUUCCACUGCGGAAAGGCCGAGGACCUGCUCCCCUCGCUGAUGGGCUCCCUGGCCGGCCAGAAGCUGACGGCUAUCGUGGACCCGCCCCGAGCCGGACUGCAUUCCAGGGUGAUCGUGGCCCUGCGCCGGGCCGAGUACCUCAAGAAACUUCUGUACAUCUCUUGCAACCCACGCGCUGCCAUGACCAACUUUGUCGACCUGUGCCGGCCCCCGUCCAACCGCAUGCGGGGGACCCCCUUCCAGCCCGUGCGCGCCUUGGCCGUGGACCUGUUCCCACAAACCCCGCACUGCGAGAUGGUCAUCCUGUUUGAGAGGGGGGGCCUGGACCCCAGGGACCAGGCCCCACCUCCAGAAUCUCCGGCCACGCCCCCGCCCCCUGCCUCCUCCUGAUUCCCGAUCGGACCGGACGCUCGCCGCGGACAGCCGGGUCGCCGGCGGGAGGGCGCGGGGCCGAGCGGACAGACUGGUGCCCCCGAGUCACCCCUCCCCGCAACUUGCUCUUGGACUGACCCAAGGCGGAGCCUGCAAUAAACCUGCUUGGAU